GUUUGCAGCCCUGACCAAGGAGCUGAACGUGUGCAGAGAGAACCUUCUGGAGAAGGAGGAGGAGAUCUCUGAGCUCAAGGCCGAGAGGAACAACACCAGGUUGCUUCUGGAGCAUCUGGAGUGCCUGGUGUCCAGGCAUGAGCGGUCACUACGUAUGACCGUGGUCAAGCGGCAGGCCCAGUCCCCCUCAGGCGUGUCCAGUGAGGUGGAGGUCCUCAAAGCGCUCAAGUCCCUGUUCGAGCACCACAAAGCUCUAGACGAGAAGGUGAGGGAGAGACUGCGGGUGUCGCUAGAGAGGGUCUCUGCAUUGGAGGAGGAGCUAACAUCAGCCAACCAGGAGAUUGUGGCCUUACGGGAGCAGAAUGCCCACAUCCAGAGGAAGGUGGCGUCAGGGGACGGGUCAGAGGACAUGCUGGAGGGCACUGAUGCCAACCAGAAGGUACAUAGCAAGCGCCUGUCCAACGGCUCCAUGGAGUCGGCCCAUGAGGCGGGCCAGGUGGUGGAGCUGCAGGACCUGCUGGAGAAGCAGAACUAUGAGCUGGCCCAGAUGAAGGAGCGCAUGUCCUCCCUGUCGUCCCGCGUCUCCGAGGUGGAGCAGGAGCUGGACACCGCGCGCAAGGACCUCAUCAAGACAGAGGAGAUGAGUACCAAGUACCAGAGGGACAUCAAAGAGGCUAUGUGUCAGAAGGAGGACAUGGAAGAGAGGAUCGUCACUCUGGAGAAGCGGUACCUCAGCGCCCAGAGAGAGUCCACCUCCCUGCACGACAUCAGUGACAAACUGGAGAAUGAGCUGGCCAAUAAGGAAGCCUUCCUCAGACAGAUGGAGGAUAAGAACAGGCAGCUGCUGGAGCGUUUGGAGAUAGCAGAGCAGAAGCUGCAGCAGACCAUGAGAAAGGCUGAGACCCUGCCAGAGGUGGAGGCUGAACUGGCCCAGAGGAUAGCAGCACUCACCAAGGCGGAGGAGCGCCACGGCAGCAUCGAGGAACGCAUGAGGCACCUGGAGGGCCAGCUGGAGGAGAAGCACCAGGAGCUGCUCAGAGCUCGGCAGAGAGAAAAGAUGAACGAGGAACACAACAAGCGCCUGUCGGACACGGUGGACAGACUUCUCACAGAGUCCAACGAACGUCUUCAGCUCCACCUGAAAGAGAGGAUGGCUGCUCUGGAAGAGAAGAACGUUUUAAUACAAGACUCGGAAGGCUACAGAAAACAGUACGAGGAUUCAAUCCAUGAAAAAACUCAUCUGGCAGAUGAGAUAGACAAGCUGAGAUCAGAGUUGGACCAGUUCAGACUGAGAACAGGCUCACUCACAGAACCCACUCUGUCACGGUAUGGGUCUCACCUGGACACGUCGGGGGAGCUCCGCUUCUCCCUUGGCUCCCUGGCUGAGACCCAGUCAGACCACUACCGGUCAGCCAAGGUCAUCCGCAGGCCCAGGAGAGGACGCAUGGGUCUCCACAGGGACGAGAGCAAGGCUAAGUCACUGGGGGAGCACGAGUGGCGCUCUCAGCAGCUAGGCAUCCUGGGUAGCCACCCGUUUGAGAGUGAGAUGUCUGACAUGUCGGAUAUUGAUGACGAUGACCGGGAGACCAUGUUCAGCUCCAUGGACCUGCUGUCCCCCGGCGGUCACUCAGACGCCCAGACCCUAGCCAUGAUGCUGCAGGAGCAGCUGGACGCCAUUAACAAAGAGAUACGACUGAUCCAGGAGGAGAAGGAGUCGACAGAGCUGCGGGCGGAGGAGAUAGAGAACCGUGUGGCCAGCGUCAGCCUGGAGGGUCUCAACCUCGCCCGUAUGCACCACCCCGGAGCCUCCAUCACCGCCUCGGCCACCGCCUCCUCCCUGGCCUCUUCCUCCCCGCCCAGCGGACACUCCACCCCCAAGUUGGACCACCGCAGCACCGCAGACAUGGAGCGCAUGGGUAUCAUGACACUGCCCAGUGAUCUGAGGAAACACAGGAGAAAGAUUGCGGCCACCGACGAUGACGGCCAGGACAAGGCUACCAUCAAGUGUGAGACGUCCCCUCCCCCCACGCCCCGUACCAUACGCAUGACCCGCACACUGCCAGCCUCCUCACAUAACGAGGCCCGAGGCAUUGCUGCCAGCCUGGAGGCAGAGACCAGUGGUCUGAGCAGCGUAGCCAGCAGUCAGGACUCCAUCAACAAGCAGCCCAAGAAGAAAGGCAUCAAGUCCUCUAUCGGACGCCUGUUUGGCAAGAAGGAGAAGACCAGACUGGCACAGCUGCAUGCCCACAGGGAGGCCAUCGGGCAGAGCCAAGGAGUGUCUGAUCCAGACCUGGGUCAGGACAUGGCUGUGGGGAAGCUGGGGACUCAGGCUGAGAAAGACCGCCGGCUGAAAAAGAAGCACGAGUUGUUGGAAGAGGCGAGGAGGAAAGGCUUACCUUUCGCCCAAUGGGACGGCCCCACAGUGGUGGCCUGGCUGGAGCUGUGGCUGGGGAUGCCCGCCUGGUACGUGGCGGCGUGUCGUGCCAACGUGAAGAGCGGUGCCAUCAUGUCGGCCCUGUCGGACACAGAGAUCCAGAGGGAGAUUGGCAUCAGUAACCCCCUGCACCGCCUCAAACUACGGCUGGCCAUCCAGGAGAUGGUGUCCCUCACCAGUCCAUCUGCCCCGCCAACCUCCAGAACCCCGUCAGGCAAUGUAUGGGUGACCCACGAGGAAAUGGAGACCCUCGCAGCACCCUCCUCCAAAACGAGGUCCGGGGAGUCCGAGGAGGGGAGCUGGGCGCAGACUCUAGCGUAUGGUGACAUGAACCAUGAGUGGAUAGGGAACGAGUGGUUGCCCAGUCUAGGACUACCUCAGUACCGCAGCUACUUCAUGGAGUGCCUGGUGGACGCCCGCAUGCUGGACCACCUCACCAAGAAGGACCUCCGGGUGCAUCUCAAAAUGGUGGACAGCUUUCACAGGACGAGUUUGCAGUAUGGUAUCAUGGGUCUGAAGAAGCUCAACUAUGACAGGAAAGAGCUGGAGAGACGCAGAGAGCACAGCCAGCAUGAAAUGAGAGACGUGCUGGUGUGGAGCAACGAGCGGGUGAUUCGCUGGGUCCAGAGCAUCGGCCUAAAGGACUAUGCCAACAUCCUGCUGGAGAGCGGCGUGCACGGGGCCCUGGUCGCCCUCGACGACAACUUUGACCACACCAGCCUGGCGCUGCUCAUCCAGAUCCCCAACCAAAGCACUCAGGCACGUCAGAUUCUGGAGAGGGAAUAUAAUAACCUGCUAGCCCUGGGCACUGAGAGACGACUGGACGAGUAUGAAGAUAAUGACCUCCGGGGCCAUCGUGGAGGAGGCAGUUCCCCCCGCGGGACGUCCAUGGGAUCAGUAUGAUGCCCGGCUCGGCAGAGACCCUCCCCGCUGGCUUCCGCGUCACCACCGGCUCACACUCCCGUAGGCUACCCCCCGAAGUUGGCCCCUUAGCAGUGCAGCGUCUGGACAGCUCUACAGUGAGGACCUACUCCUGCUGAGGGAGGAGAAGAGAGACUGUA